CGUCACGCAGAGAAGCCCCCGGACGAGGUAACGAAUCUGGGAUGAAAGAGGCUGAGGAUGCUGCUGGCUCAUAAACAAGACAAGCACAUCAACCCGGACCGCAGCACCAAGUCCCUGAUAACACACCGCGCAGACCACCUCCAGCCUCAGCACCACUGAACGACGGGGUCAUGAAUAAACAACAGCUUUGAUUCUCACCACCCGUCCCCCGUCCGUCUUCAACGAGGAGAAUCCCGAACGCCUCACGUUUUUCGCUCCUCGACAGGCGCGCUACACACAGAGGCGAGCUACAGACAAGAUGCGCGGAUCUCCCCCAUGCGGGACAGCCGUUGGAUGUAUGCUGCUGCUGCUGCUGGACGCGCUGCUGCUGUUCGCGGGGCAAGCCGCGGUAGAGGGGAUCAUCACCAACCAUGUUGUGGUGCGGCUGCAUGAAAGUGCACACGACGAUGCACAUCAACUUGCGGUGGAGCACGGGUUCCAAAGCGUCCGGAAGCUUCCAUUUGGAGAAGGACUCUUCCACUUCUACCCCCAUGAGUCCACGAAGAGAAGCAAACGCAGUGCCCGCAAGAGACAACGUCUUCAGAAAGACAGCAGGGUGAUGAGUGUCCUGGAGCAGCCUGGCUUCAGCCGCCAGAAGAGGGGCUACAGGGAUCUCAAUGAAAUGGAAGUCAACAUCAGCGACCCGCUGUUCAACAAGCAGUGGUACCUGGUGAACACGGGCCAGGCGGACGGGACCCCGGGGCUGGACCUAAACGUGGCUGAGGCCUGGGGACUGGGCUACACCGGUCGGGGCGUCACCAUAGCGAUCAUGGAUGACGGCAUCGACUACCUGCACCCUGACCUGGCAUCUAACUACAAUGCUGAUGCUAGCUACGACUUCAGCAGCAACGACCCGUACCCCUUCCCUCGCUACACAGACGACUGGUUUAAUAGUCACGGCACGCGGUGCGCUGGGGAGGUGUCGGCUGCCGCCAACAACAACAUCUGCGGGGUGGGCGUCGCCUACAACUCCAAGGUGGCAGGUAUCAGGAUGCUUGACCAGCCGUUCAUGACAGACAUCAUCGAGGCCUCGUCCAUCAGUCACAUGCCGCAGGUCAUCGACAUCUACAGCGCCAGCUGGGGCCCCACGGAUGACGGGCGGACGGUGGACGGCCCCCGGGAACUCACUCUACAGGCCAUGGCAGACGGGGUCAACAAGGGCCGCGGAGGAAAGGGCAGCAUCUACGUGUGGGCAUCGGGGGACGGUGGUAGCUAUGACGACUGUAACUGCGACGGCUACGCCUCGAGCAUGUGGACCAUCUCCAUUAACUCGGCCAUCAACGACGGGCGGACCGCCCUGUACGACGAGAGCUGCUCCUCCACACUCGCCUCCACCUUCAGCAACGGGCGCAAACGCAACCCGGAGGCCGGCGUGGCCACCACGGACCUGUACGGGAACUGUACCCUGCGACACUCGGGGACGUCUGCCGCUGCUCCGGAGGCCGCUGGGGUCUUCGCCCUAGCGCUGGAGGCUAAUCCUGACCUGACAUGGCGGGACAUGCAGCACCUGUCGGUGCUCACGUCCAAGAGGAACCAGCUUCACGACGAGGUCCACCAGUGGCGCAGGAACGGCGUGGGCCUGGAGUUCAACCACCUGUUUGGCUACGGCGUGCUGGACGCCGGCGGCAUGGUGAAGAUGUCCCACGAGUGGAAGACCGUCCCCGAGCGCUUCCACUGUGUGGCCGGGUCCAUCCAGGACAACCAUAAGAUCCAGUCUGGCGGGCGGCUGGUGCUGACCAUCGACACAGACGCCUGCCAGGGCAAGGACAACUUUGUGCGCUACCUGGAGCACGUGCAGGCCGUCGUCACGGUGAACGCCAGUCGCCGCGGCGACCUCAACAUCAACAUGACCUCGCCGAUGGGCACCAAGUCCAUCCUGCUGAGCCGCCGACCGCGUGACGACGACGCCAAGGUGGGCUUCGACAAGUGGCCCUUCAUGACCACGCACACCUGGGGCGAGGACCCCCGGGGCACCUGGGUAAUGGAGGUGGGCUUCCAGGGGCCCGAGGCCCAGCGGGGCGUCCUGAAGGAGUGGACGCUCAUGCUGCACGGUACACAGAGUGCCCCGUACAUAGACCAGGUAGUGCGCGACUACCAGUCCAAACUGGCCAUGUCCAAGAAGGAGGAGCUGGAGGAGGAGCUGGACGAGGCGGUGGAGCGCAGCCUCAAGAGCCUGCUGAGUAAAAACAACUGAGCCACCGUCAUGCAUGGGUGCCAAAUGAAGCCCACCAC